GCAUUCCACCCCAACUUCCUCCGCCUCACCAACCCCCCCGGACACAACCAUCGACAUUCCCUAUCUCCCAUAUCCGACCUCCCAAGGAUCCGUCACCCCGCAUCAAUUCCUCGACAUGGCCCGCAUGAACCCCGACUCCGCCUACUAUUGCCUUGUCCUUGACCCCGAAAGUCCCGAGAACUUACUUCCAACGGACAAACCCGAUCAAGCCCCCCCCUUUGACCCCGCCUCCACCUCUAUCCUCGACGAGUUCAAGGACGUCUUCCGUGAGUCCCUGCCUGCCGGAUUACCUCCGGAUCGUGGCGUAUCCCGUACCAUCGAUUUGGAGCCCAGACAUUCUCCACCUUGUUGCCCUUCAUACCAACUCUCGGUCCCCGAAGCCGAAGAAAUGAAGCGGCAACUCAAUGAGCUCCUUGAAAAAGGGUUCAUUAAGCCGAGUUCAUCUCCCUUCGGUACUAGCUGCCUUUUUGUGAAGAAAGGUGGAACUUCGGAACUCCGCAUGUGCACAGACUACCACGCCUUGAACCGGAUCACGAUCAAGAACAAGUACCCCUUACCUCGGAUCUCCGAGUUCCUUGAUCGACUUCGUGGAGCCAAAUAUUUCACCAAGAUUGACCUUCGCAGUGGCUUCCACCRGAUCCGUAUCCGCGAGGAGGACACCCAUAAGACCGCAUUCCGCUUUCGGUUCGGGCACUAUGAGUUCCUCGUAAUGCCUUUCGGUCUCACCAAUGCCCCCGCCACAUUCCAGUCCACUAUGAAUCACAUCUUCCGUAACCUCCUCGAAGUCUGUGUUGUCGUGUACCUUGAUGACAUCCUCAUCUUUAGCCCCACCUUCGAGUCCCACCUCCAGCGUAUUCGCCAAGUCCUCUCGAUCCUCCGAGAGCAGAAAUUUCACCCCAAGCUCAGCAAAUGCACGUUUGCCGCUUUGCGCGUCGAAUACCUCGGCCACAUUGUCUCCGCUGAAGGUGUAGACGAUGUCACGGAGACAGAGACGGAGACGGAGACGGAGACGGAGACGGAGACGGAGACGGAGACGGAGACGGAGACGGAGACGGAGACGGAGACGGAGACGGAGAUGGAUAACCGAGCGUUGUGGCUGAACGGCAAACAAUUGUAGCUGUUGAUAAACAGGUCAUGAGUUC